ACAAAUCCUAGAAACUUCAACUUUGAUCAUGUCGGAAAUGGUAUGCUUGCAUUAUUCGAAACACUUUCAUAUAAAGGAUGGAAUGUUAUUCGUGAUAUUGUUUGGCAACGUCAGGGCCCAGGUACAGCACUGCUAACUGUCGACCAAAGACGAUGGCAUGAUCUGAAAGCACGGCUGAAAAUGGCACAGCCAUUGCAUGUACCACCAAAGCCACCCGAAUCUGCGAAAUUGCGGACGAGAUUGUACGAACUUUCGAUGAGUCGGUUUUUCAACCAGGUGUUCGCUACUUUGGUGCUAAUAAAUUCUGCAACUUUAGCUAUACCGUGGAAUGUUGAGGAGGAAGCGGAACGUAAAAUCAAUAAUGAAGAAUAUAAGCUAUUCUUUGCCACUGCUCUCUCGGCAGUUAUUAAUAUGUUAUUUGCUGUUGAGGUUGUAACAUCUAUUUCAUAA